UCGUGUUUGGAAAAGCUUCGAAGUCUCCUUUCAAGUUCAAGAUGCAGAUUUUCGUCAAGACCCUCACCGGUAAGACCAUCACCCUUGAGGUCGAAAGCUCCGAUACCAUCGACAAUGUGAAGGCUAAGAUCCAGGAUAAAGAGGGAAUCCCCCCGGAUCAGCAACGUUUGAUCUUCGCUGGAAAGCAGCUCGAGGACGGCCGUACCCUUGCCGACUAUAAUAUACAAAAGGAGUCUACACUCCACCUCGUCCUUAGGCUUAGGGGAGGCAUGCAGAUCUUCGUUAAGACUCUCACCGGGAAGACCAUUACCCUGGAGGUCGAGAGCUCUGACACUAUUGACAACGUGAAGGCGAAGAUCCAGGACAAGGAGGGAAUCCCCCCAGACCAGCAGCGUCUGAUCUUUGCCGGAAAGCAGCUUGAGGACGGCCGAACCCUUGCAGACUACAAUAUUCAGAAGGAGUCAACUCUCCAUCUUGUUCUCAGGCUGAGGGGUGGAAUGCAGAUCUUCGUCAAGACCUUAACUGGCAAGACAAUUACCCUUGAGGUUGAGAGCUCCGACACCAUCGACAACGUUAAAGCCAAGAUUCAGGAUAAGGAAGGUAUCCCCCCAGACCAGCAGCGUUUGAUCUUCGCUGGCAAGCAGCUCGAGGAUGGGCGUACCCUCGCAGACUAUAACAUCCAGAAGGAGUCUACCCUCCACUUGGUGCUUCGGUUGAGAGGUGGCAUGCAAAUCUUCGUGAAGACUCUUACCGGCAAGACCAUUACCCUGGAGGUUGAGAGUUCGGACACCAUAGAUAAUGUGAAAGCCAAGAUUCAGGACAAGGAGGGGAUCCCACCGGACCAGCAGAGGUUGAUCUUUGCUGGGAAGCAGCUUGAAGAUGGAAGGACCCUAGCGGAUUAUAACAUCCAAAAGGAGUCGACUCUGCACUUGGUGCUGCGUCUGCGUGGUGGGAUGCAGAUAUUCGUGAAGACCCUGACUGGAAAGACCAUUACUCUGGAAGUCGAAAGCUCCGAUACCAUCGACAAUGUUAAGGCUAAGAUCCAGGAUAAAGAGGGAAUACCCCCGGAUCAGCAACGUUUGAUCUUCGCUGGAAAGCAGCUCGAGGACGGCCGUACCCUCGCCGACUACAACAUACAAAAGGAGUCUACACUCCACCUCGUCCUUAGGCUCAGGGGAGGCAUGCAGAUCUUCGUUAAGACUCUCACUGGGAAGACCAUCACCCUUGAGGUCGAGAGCUCCGACACCAUUGAUAACGUGAAGGCGAAGAUCCAGGACAAGGAGGGAAUCCCCCCAGACCAGCAGCGUCUGAUCUUUGCCGGAAAGCAGCUUGAGGAAGGCCGAACCCUUGCAGACUACAAUAUUCAGAAGGAGUCAACUCUCCAUCUUGUUCUCAGGCUGAGGGGUGGAAUGCAGAUCUUCGUCAAGACCUUAACUGGCAAGACAAUUACCCUUGAGGUUGAGAGCUCCGACACCAUCGACAACGUUAAAGCCAAGAUUCAGGACAAGGAAGGUAUCCCCCCAGACCAGCAGCGUUUGAUCUUCGCUGGCAAGCAGCUAGAGGAUGGGCGUACCCUCGCAGACUAUAACAUCCAGAAGGAGUCUACCCUCCACUUGGUGCUUCGGUUGAGAGGUGGCAUGCAAAUCUUCGUGAAGACUCUUACCGGCAAGACCAUAACCCUGGAGGUUGAGAGUUCGGACACCAUAGAUAACGUGAAAGCCAAGAUUCAGGACAAGGAGGGGAUCCCACCGGACCAGCAGAGGUUGAUCUUUGCUGGGAAGCAGCUUGAAGAUGGAAGGACCCUAGCGGAUUAUAACAUCCAAAAGGAGUCGACUCUGCAUUUGGUGCUGCGUCUGCGUGGUGGGAUGCAGAUAUUCGUGAAGACCCUGACUGGAAAGACCAUUACUCUGGAAGUCGAAAGUUCCGAUACCAUCGACAAUGUGAAGGCUAAGAUCCAGGAUAAAGAGGGAAUUCCCCCGGACCAGCAGCGUUUGAUCUUCGCUGGAAAGCAGCUCGAGGACGGCCGUACCCUUGCCGACUACAAUAUUCAAAAAGAGUCUACACUCCAUCUCGUCCUUAGGCUCAGGGGAGGCAUGCAGAUCUUCGUUAAGACGCUCACCGGUAAGACCAUCACCCUUGAGGUUGAGAGCUCCGACACUAUUGACAACGUGAAGGCAAAGAUCCAGGACAAGGAGGGAAUUCCCCCAGACCAGCAGCGUCUGAUCUUUGCCGGAAAGCAGCUUGAGGACGGCCGAACCCUUGCAGACUACAAUAUCCAGAAGGAGUCGACUCUUCACCUUGUUCUCAGGCUAAGGGGUGGAAUGCAGAUCUUCGUUAAGACCCUAACUGGCAAGACCAUUACCCUUGAGGUUGAGAGCUCCGACACCAUCGACAACGUCAAGGCCAAGAUUCAGGAUAAGGAAGGUAUCCCCCCAGACCAGCAGCGUUUGAUCUUCGCUGGCAAGCAGCUCGAGGAUGGACGUACCCUAGCAGACUAUAACAUCCAGAAGGAGUCUACCCUCCACUUGGUGCUUCGGUUGAGAGGUGGCAUGCAAAUCUUCGUGAAGACUCUUACCGGCCAGACCAUUACCCUGGAGGUGGAGAGCUCGGACACCAUAGAUAACGUGAAAGCCAAGAUUCAGGACAAGGAGGGUAUUCCUCCCGACCAACAGAGGCUCAUCUUCGCAGGGAAGCAACUUGAGGACGGCCGCACGUUGGCAGAUUACAAUAUCCAGAAGGAAUCUACCCUUCACUUGGUUCUGCGUCUGAGGGGUGGUAUGCAAAUAUUUGUCAAGACACUCACUGGAAAGACCAUUACCCUGGAGGUGGAGAGCUCUGAUACGAUUGACAACGUGAAGGCCAAAAUUCAGGACAAGGAGGGGAUCCCACCGGACCAGCAGAGGUUGAUCUUCGCUGGGAAACAGCUUGAAGAUGGAAGGACCCUUGCGGAUUAUAAUAUCCAAAAGGAAUCGACCCUGCACUUAGUGCUGCGUCUGCGUGGUGGAAUGCAGAUAUUCGUGAAGACCCUGACUGGGAAGACCAUCACCCUGGAGGUAGAAAGUUCUGAUACGAUCGACAACGUGAAGGCGAAAAUUCAGGACAAGGAGGGUAUCCCUCCUGACCAGCAACGUCUCAUCUUCGCUGGGAAACAGCUUGAGGAUGGGCGAACUCUCGCCGACUAUAACAUUCAGAAGGAAUCUACCCUUCACCUGGUCCUCCGUCUUCGUGGUGGUCUCUAAAUCGGAAUCCUUUUUUAAGUGU